CUCUCUACCUUUCCUUCCUCUUCCUUUCACACACUGACUGUGUCUUCACUCUUUUUAAGCAUAUGAACAAAACAAACUCUGCCAAUUCUAACCUCUUUUCCUUACUCUCUCUGGCCGACAAACCUGAAGAACUGUCUAUUCUUCUCACAUUGUCCCUCUCCUCUAUAUGAACUAGGGUUUCUGCUCUCCUUAUUCUUCUCCAGCUUACUUACCACUUGAAUCAAAUUAAUGGGUAGACACUUUCUGCUUCUGACUACUCUCAUUCUCCUCCUUUCUGGCUUUGUCACUUCAGCUCCUUCAUCUAUCUCUCCAGCAAAGAUUGUUAAUGGGUUCAUCUCAAAUCACGGCUCUUCACUCAUGAAAUGGAUAUGGUCACUCAAAUCCACCUCCACCAAACAAACAAUUGCAACGAGAUCGAUGGUGAAAUUUGAAGAUGGGUAUUCUGUAGAGACGGUCUUUGACGGGAGCAAACUCGGUAUCGAGCCUUAUUCCGUUGAGGUCUUGCCUAAUGGGGAGAUGCUUAUUCUUGAUUCUGAGAACAGUAACAUCUACAAGAUCUCAUCUUCUCUUUCUCUAUAUAGCAGGCCGAGACUGGUUACUGGCUCCCCUGAAGGAUACGCAGGGCACGUGGAUGGGAGAUUACGUGACGCCAGGCUGAACCAUCCUAAGGGUCUUGCAGUUGAUGACAGAGGGAACAUAUAUGUUGCUGACACGGUGAAUAAUGCUAUACGGAAGAUUAGUGAAGGAGGAGUUACAACAAUUGCUGGAGGCAAAACGGCUAGAAAUGGAGGACAUGUGGAUGGACCAAGCGAAGAUGCAAAGUUUUCAAACGAUUUUGAUGUUGUUUACCUUGGAAGCAGUUGUUCCCUUCUCGUCAUUGACCGUGGAAACAAAGCUAUCAGGGAGAUUCAACUUCAUUUUGAUGACUGUGCUUAUCAGUAUGAAAGCGGGUUUCCUCUUGGUAUUGCUGUCCUCAUAGCUGCAGGUUUCUUUGGUUAUAUGCUGGCUCUGUUGCAACGACGAGUUGGUACCAUCGUCUCUUCUCAUAACGGGAGUGUUUUAGAUCAAGAAACGUUUGAAGCUGAUCCUGAUCAGAAGCCUAUGAAGCCAUUCAGACCAUCUCUGAUUCCAAAUGGAGAUGAGCAGCAGGAGAAACAAGAUGAAAGCUUCAUGGCAUCCCUGGGAAACCUAGCUUCAAACGCUUGGGUUACCGUUACAGAGAUGCUCAGAAAGAAGCAGACAAGCUUUCAGGAGUAUAAUGGAUCAACAACAACUAAGCAGUCUUCUGCUGCAUUUAGUUCAGCAACUCCAUGGCCGAUCCAAGAGAGCUUUGUGAUCCCAGAGGAAGAUGAACCUCCUCCUGCUGAGCCUAGGAACCAAACACCGAGAAAGACUUAUGCUUUUAUGUCUAAAGACGCAGAGAAAAUGCAGCAGCUGCGUCAGAGCCGUGCAUUCUACAGUAGCUGGGAAACUGAGUUACCAAACCAGCAGCAACAACAACAGCAAAAGCAGCAACAGAAGCAGCAGCAUAGAAGGCAUUACUCAUCGAUCCCACAUACUUAUUAUGAGCAGAACAGUGAGAAGACUAAUGAGAUAGUCUUUGGGGCAGUCCAAGAGAAGAGCACCAAGCGUGCUGCUAAGCCUAAGGAGUCUGGAGAUCAGAUAAAUAAUAAUAAUACUAAUACUAAUACUCAACAGAAUCUUCACUACAGGGCUCAUUCUGUUAGUUACCCAUAUGGAUACUAUCCAUAUACAUAAAAAGUCUUUGUGAGUUUGUGGGAUUAUCAGUCCUUAUUGAAUAAGAUCAUUGCAGGGAAAUUACAAGUUUUGGGGUAUAGGUGGAGUGUUGGGAUUUAUUGUGAAAGAUUGGGAGAUUUGGAGUGCUUAGAUGCUCUUGUCUUGUAAGAAAAGUUGCAAACUUUAAUUGCAUUGAGUAAUAUAUAUGGAAAAUUGGUUCUG